AUGGGUUCUGAGACUGUACGACUUUUCUUGGAACGAUUACUUAGUGCUGGGCCGGCCUCUGAGGAGAUCGGCCUUCCUCCUGACAGAGUGCAGGUCAUCUGCAAACUCUUCACCAUCUUAAACAAGACUGGUCUUCUGAUCACUCCAGUUGUGGCUUUCAUCGAGGACUCCUUCAAAGCCAGUCCAAACACAGAUGAGGUGAGCGAGGUGUUCACUCUUCCUCUGGAGUUUUUCACUAAAGAGGCGGAUCACUCCAGCUAUCCUGUGCCCAGCGUCUUCGGCCCGACCCAUAGUUUCAUGUACACUGACCCCAGCACAGGCACCAUCCAUCAGAUCUGGGGUCUGACCGUGGCUCUGGCCGUAACCGUCGCUGUGCUGGCCCUCGGAAAGAAGCCUGAUUUUUAGGUCGGCUUUAACUUGGAAAAUCCCAUUUCUGGGUUUAAAGACAUGCUGAAUCGCAGAUUAAGCAAAUUAUGAAAGACGUUUCAGAUUCAGUGUUUUUAAUCACACUAGGGGAAAUUAUUUACUGUGAUUCAACUGUAAAGUUACUAGAAAGUCAGUUUGGAAAUUCUUCAUGUAAAUAAUUUUUAUAAUUAACAAUGAGGAUGUCAUUAGUCUUUUCUGAUAGGAAUUAUUACAACAGCAUUACACAGAUGUACAGACGUCGUUACAGUAUAAAUAUAACUUUUGGAUAAAUGUGCCUUGAUGAAUUUGUAAAUAAAUUGUUAUUCAUCAAGAGAAGAUAAAGGAAGAAAAUUAUAAUUAGUAAAGUAUUGAAACUGCACUAAAGUAUACUCAUA